AUGUCGAGCUUUACUAUCUCCGACAACGAUCUUGACCAGGUCAAGGACCAAGUCGUUUUGAUCACUGGCGCCUCGUCUGGCAUCGGCCUUGCAACGGUUCGUCGCAUCAUCAAUCAUGGAGGCAAGGUCUACGCUGGGGAUCUCAAUUCACUGCCAGAGCCGGAAGCAGCUUCAGUCUCGUUCUCAAAAGUCGAUGUGACAGAUUGGAAGCAGCAAGUCGAGCUUUUCAAAGCAGCAGAAAAGCAAUACGGGAAGAUUGACCACGUAUUCGCCAAUGCCGGGAUUGCACCAACAGUCUCGCUGCUCGAGGACGAUGUAGAUGUCAACGGGGACCUACUUCCACCGGACCUCAAGACCAUCAACCAACAGCCAACCAAGCACACAGUGCUCAGCCUCAUGCGCUCCUUAACAGGGCACUUGCAUCCCAAUCUGCCCAUCCGCAUAAACGCCAUCGCGCCCUCAUGGACGGACACCGGCAUCCUCAGCCCCGCGGUCCUCGCCGCCAUCGACGAGGGCAGCUACCAGUCCGCCGACGUGCCCGCGCGCUCCAUCACCGUGCUCAUGGCCGACAAGACGCGCCACGGCACGCUGGUGUACAGCGAGCGCGGCCACUUCAAGGACCUCGAGAAUGGCGAGAAAAGGUACCACCAUCUGACGGUCAAAAUGCUCGGUGUCGAAAACGAAGAGGAUCUGGGUGAGCUGAGGGUCAUGCGGGAUCUGGCCAGGAUGGCGGCAGCGGAGAAGCUCGAUUCGUACAACGCGCUGGUGCUCGUGCCGCUGCCUGGCUAUGACUUCUUCCAGCCUGCGCAUCAGAUGGCAGGGCUACGACGAGCUGCUUCAUCAGCUGCGACCACUCCACAGCUGCAUUAA